AAACCAGUUCAGAUAAACAAUAAAAGGACCAUUGCUUUGCUUUCGCCAGUAGCCAAUUGAGUCGUCAGUCAGCCGCCUGCAUUCUCUUCUCCAGUCAACCUUUCUUCCUUACAAUGUCAUUCUCCACCACGUCGUCAUUUCGUUCGCUUCCCUCUCAUCUCGCAACUUCCACCCUUCUCAACUCCAAUUCAGCUAAGCUUCAAUCUCCCAUCUUAAUGUCCCUCCCUCAAAAACGUUCUUCAUUCCACCGCCAGCUCAACCGUAGCACCACCAUAGCUCCACCCAAAAGCUCCGUCGUCAUCCGCCCUAAUCUCACAGUUCGCGCUUUAAGUAAAACACCAAGCCCCGCCGCCGACGCUAAGCUAAUCGCAAUCUGCUCCUCCGUGACUAUUACAUUCGCCGUUGCCAACCGCAUUCUUUAUAAACUCUCACUCGUUCCCAUGAAGGAAUACCCUUUCUUUUUAGCUCAAUUUACCACUUUUGGGUACGUGAUGAUUUAUUUUUCGAUUCUGUUUAUACGUUAUCGGGCGGGGAUUGUGACUAAUGAAAUGUUAGGUUUGCCUAAAUCGCGAUUCGCAGCCAUCGGUAUGCUAGAAGCUCUUGGAGUUGCUAGUGGAAUGGCUUCAGCAGCGAUGCUUCCAGGACCAGCCAUUCCAAUAUUGAAUCAGUCCUUUUUAGUGUGGCAGCUUGUAUUUUCAGCUGUUCUAUUGGGGAGCCGUUAUUCAUUUAACCAAAUUGGCGGCUGUUUGCUUGUAGCAGUGGGAGUCAUAAUAGCUGUUACAAGUGGUUCUGAUACUGGUCAGAUGCUACCUGGAAUUAAGUUUAUGUGGCCAGGACUGAUGAUAAUAUCAGCAGCUUUUCAAGCCGGUGCAUCAAUUAUUAAGGAAUUUAUUUUCCUUGAUGCUGCAAAGCGCCACAACGCAAAGUCACUUGAUAUAUUUGUUGUCAAUUCUUUUGGAUCUGGAUUUCAGGUAUGUCUGUUGUUUUGAUGUAAAAGCUUGCAUUUCGUUUCUAUCAAUCCUAUUGGUGUAUGCUCAUUUAGUCUUUCAAGAUGCAAAUAUUUGAAUAAAAAUGUUUCUCAAAGUACAUUCCUUUCAAUCCUUUUGACGGGUUCCUUUUGAUGGCAUAAAAAUGGAGUUGAUUUCUGGCUUAUAUUAGUUUGAGUGGAUGAUCUUACUGUUUCUAUAAAAACUUUCUAUGUUU